CCCCACUAAAUGGAUGCUUAGAUUUUUGUAUCUCUAUACCAAAGCCGAACAAGGGCAAAAGGGUCAAUCUCGAAACCCACUCCGCGUCUUUUCUUGAUAAAGCUACUUCGAGAAUCGUAACCGAAAGAGCUAAAGAGGUUUAUCACGAAAUAUAAUUUACCAAAAUACCCAUCACCUCUCUCUCUCAUUUCUGCAGCAUUGAUCAUCAUCGGAUUUGGGCGGAAAAAGCAUCGAACUUUUUGUUUGCUUCUAUCUUCUUCUUCUUCGUCUUUCUCUUCUCGUACACUUUUGAUUUUAUCACUUGCUGAGUUCUCCGUUCGUUUGAUGAGAAUUGUUUUGUUCUGGAAAUCGACGCUCCAUGGCUAAAAUUUCGUUUAAGGAUUCCCUGAAAGCUCUCGAAGCCGAUAUCCAACACGCUAACACUGUAGCUUUAGAUUAUCCUCGGGAGAAGGAUGGAGCACGUGUUCAAAUGAGACUAUCUUACAACCCGGCUGCUCAGUUUUUGCUUUUUCUUGUUCAGUGGACUGAUUGCCACCUCGCCGGUGCUCUCGGUUUGCUCAGAGUUCUCAUUUACAUGACCUAUGCAGAUGGGAAGACCACAAUGUCGGUUUACGAGAGGAAAACAAGCAUUAAAGAUUUCUAUGCUGUGAUAUUUCCGUCGCUGUUACAACUUGAAAGGGGUAUCACAGACGUGGAUGACCGGAAACAGAAAGAGGUCUGCAAGAUACGGUACAGAAACAAAGAUGAGAUCGAAAAGGUCAAGCUCUCGGAGAUUGACAUGGAGAGAGACGAAGAAUGUGGGAUAUGUAUGGAGAUGAACAGCAUGGUUGUUCUCCCCAAUUGUACCCAUUCUUUAUGCAUCAAGUGUUACCGCGACUGGCAUGGGAGGUCAGAAUCAUGCCCUUUUUGCCGGGACAGUCUCAAGAGAGUAAACUCAGGGGACUUGUGGAUGUUGAUGGAGAGAUCAGAUACGGUGAGUCUCUAUACAGUCGAGAGGGAGAAUAAAAAGAGGCUGUUUGUGUACAUAGAUAAGCUUCCUCUAGUGGUUCCAGAUCAAGUGUUUGCUUCUUCUCCUUAUGAUUGCCACGUAAAGUGAAGCAAGAAGAAAGAAGAAGAAGAGCUUUUUUACAAAAAGCCGAAACCGGUUCUGCUGAACUUUUAUCUGAAUGUAUAUAAUGUUUUUAGAGUAGUAGUAAGUUAUUAUAAUAACCAUAAUUGUGGAGGGAAGUCCAUUUCUACUUGCUUUUUUUUUUUUAAUCUGCAUUUGGCUUUUGGAUUGGUUCCCAAACUCUUAUUUUCUAUUGUACAUUCUCAUAAAUCUAAACCUCUUCUUCUUCUUCAAGAAGUAACUUUCACUCGCAA